CCAGGAAAAAGAGUUGCGCGCCAUGUUUGACGCAAUUGACGCCGACAAGGACGGGCGAUUGUCCUUAGAGGAACUCGUCAGGUGGUAUCGUAGUAUGGGGCUCAACCCGACACAGGAGGCAGUUAAAAACCUUUUGGACGAGUGUGACGCUAAUGGGUCCACGUAUAUCGAAUUUGAGGAGUACAAGGACAAGCUGAAAACUCGAAUGGACGAGGCUGUGGACGAAAGGAACACCUUAAUGGAUGCCUUCCGGACUUUUGACAAAAAGGGAGACGGAACGAUUUCGUACUUGAUGCUAAGGACGGUUCUGUCAGGGGCAGGCGAUGUUCUUGACGACGCAUUCCUUAACGAGAUCUUCCACGAUAUGGACGUGAACAGAGAUGGCAUUAUAACAUACAAAGAUAUGGUUGGGAAAAUAUGCAAGACCUGAAAGAUGGAUUAUAGUUAUACAGGUGCACCAUUGUCGUGAGGCCGUAGUGAGGCCGUGGGGUCUACAUACCAGUCCUGUCGACAGCGUUGCUUGGGAAUUAGGAAUCGUUAGUGUUUCGUAGGUCAGAAUGUAUAUAGUAGUGGCAGGGUUUGUAAAAACCAUUCAAUAUACCUAGUGAAGCUCGAUAUUUCGGUAAAAGAAAGACAAGCCAGUCACAAGACAAUACAAACAGUCGAACAGCCUGGCGGAUCUGCAAUUUUUGUCAGAUCGCAGAUUUCAGAUUUUAUUUCCAACACUCAGACACAUGAAAAUGUGUGACAUGGGGUACAUGGAUUUAUAUGUUAAAUCAUUACAGGAUGGACAGGGACGUGCAUGCAUGUGGAGAUACUGAUAUAUAUAUAAACAUGAUAACCUGAUGUAUAAAUGAACUAUUUCGUAAUUAGACACAGCAAUGCAUACAUAUAUGUAUAUACAGACCUUUGCAUAUACAUACGCAUGCACACACCCACACACGCAUACACCCAUUAUAGAUUACAACGAGCAGUGACAUCACACCGCUUGUGAACAGUAUUAAGACAAACACGACAGGACA